UCCCCCCUCAGUCCUCCCUCCCUCCCUCCUCAGCAUCAAGUGCACCCCGAGCGGAGCGUCCCGGCUGCGACUUUCUCUCAGCCUCUUUGAAGAAGCAAUGAGGAGAAGGCUGCCGUCUCCCUGCUGAUACCAGGAGCUCUGGGAUGCACUUUGCUUUCUAGGGGGGGAUCAUAUUUGUACAUUUCCAGGGAAAACAAACAAUACGCUGCGGAUAUUUUGGCAUAUCCAUCAAUCGGAUGCGAGCAGAGUCAGGCCCAACUUAACAAUGGGCCCCAUACCCCUGUGUGUGCUGCUCCCGAUGACGGUGCUUGCGGUGGUGGCUGUCUCCGGUGAGCAGAACACGUUGGACGAUGAGUACACCUGGCCGCAGUGGAAGGUGCCUCUGGUAAGGAAAAGACGCACUGUGCCUCUAAGCAGCCCUAACUUCUCAGCUCAUCCUCAACCAGAGCUGAACGGGACCUGUGGGAUCGAAUGUCAGCGCCGCCUCCCUUCCCCUUCUCUGGGUGACCUGGAGAAGUUCCUGUCCUACGAGACAGUCUACGAGAAUGGCACGCGCACGUAUACCUCAGUUUCCGUGCAGGGCCUCAACGAAGUGACCACCUGGUCCAGAAACACCACGUCCAGCUCCCGCCACAAACGAGAGGUGUACGGCACAGAUACGCGCUUCACCAUCGCAGAUAAGCAGUUCUCGACCAAAUAUCCCUUCUCCACCUCUGUGAAGAUCUCCACGGGAUGCUCCGGGGUUUUGGUGUCACCCAAACACGUGCUGACCGCUGCGCACUGCAUCCACGACGGAAAGGAUUACCUAGACGGAGUUCAGAAGCUACGUGUUGGCAUUUUGAAGGAGAAGUCCAGAAGAGGCAAAGGAGGCAAAGGAAGAGGAGGGCGAGGGAAGGGCAAAAGGAGAAAGGGAGACAGAGGUAAGCAAGAAGAAGAACAGGAAGAGGAGGAGGAGACUGGCGGGAAAGGGAAUCGCAGAGGAAAAGGGAAAAGUAGGAAGAGCCGGAGUCGCCGAAGUGCGGAACCUGAGAAACCUUCAUUUAGGUGGACCAGAGUCAAACAGACGCAGGUUCCUAAGGGUUGGUUCAAAGGCGUGUCGGAGGGACUGGCUGCCGAUUAUGACUACGCUGUUCUGGAGCUGAAGAAGGCCCCAAAAGUAAAGUACAUGGAUCUGGGCGUCAUCCCCUCUGUCAAGAAGCUCCCUGCCGGUAGGAUCCACUUCUCUGGCUUUGACGACGACCGACCUGGCAACCUGGUGUACCGUUUCUGCUCCGUGUCUGAGGAAUCCAAUGAUUUGCUGUACCAAUACUGCGAUGCCAAACCCGGCUCAAGCGGCUCUGGGGUCUACAUCCGGCUCAAAGAGCCCGGCAAGAAGAAGUGGAAGAGGAAGAUCAUUGGGAUCUUCUCUGGUCACCAGUGGGUGGAUGUAAAUGGGGAUGGGAUGCAGCAGGAUUACAACGUGGCGGUCAGGAUAACACCUGCCAAAUAUGCUCAGAUCUGCUUCUGGGUCCACGGGGACUCGAGUGAGUGCCACAAAACCUAAGACAACGCCACACAACACCGGACCCACUAUCCCUCAGACCACCCUCUGUCAAAAAGACUCCCAGUCUACUCUUACAAACCAGGCCAGGGGGCCGACGACUGCCUCUCCUCUUCCUGCUUUGCCUCCCAGUGAUUCCUGCCACACUUAUCAACACAAAUGCACAGUUCACACGCAGCCGUGCAGACUCAGCGUUGAUAACGCCAGGCACUGGUCGACACAUCAAGAGAACUAUGGCUCUUCACCUUUUUCUAAUUUAUUUGCUAAAAAAAGAAAAAAAAAAAAACAGAGGAAAAACAUGUAAAAUGUAUGUAUUUUUGAUUCCAAUCUUCAGUCUCUCUUUUGACUCUUCAAAAACAACUAACAUUUGACCCGAUACAACGUUGAACAGCGUGCAUUUAUAAGACCCGGUCUGUUAGUGACUUAGUGUGGACAGACAAGUGUUCUCCACCUCUGAAAAAAAAACAAAAAAACAAAAACAAGAAUGCAUUGGCUUCGGCAAAAGACCCUGGAAAUUGAUGUAACUUUUGUUUGCAAAUGAACCAUGCAGAGGUUUUGAAAAAACUCUUUUGAAAAACAUUUUAAUUGAUCAAGCUGGCAUUUUGCAUUAUGUAUAUCUAGAACUUUGUUUGUUUUUUUACAACUACCUUUUUUAAAUAAGAGUAUUUCUGUCUAACUAGAGAAAGGCUCCUUAUGGAUCCUGAUAGAUUUUCCUUUUCUGAGUUUUGAGUCUCAUGGUCCUUUUCUUUGUUCUUGCAAAGCAGUGAAAUGUGGUUUCAUUGUUGUGCACAUAAUUAUAUCGGUGCUUCUUCCGGAAGACGUGGUGCUAAUUUAUGAAACUGUAAACUUUUUUUUUUUUUUUUUUUUUUUUGCUGGGGGGAGGGGCUACUUCUCAGAAUAUAUUUUGAUAGCCUAGUACUGUAACUGCGUAUUUAAUGUGAGGCUAAAUAUCUGGGUUGUGUUAAGACAGGACUGAACCAUUCAACACUUUACUUGAGCUGUUUAUAUUUCUCUAAUUCUAAAGGAUAGGUGAGAAUACAAAAGCCACAAUAUUGUUAUAGAGUAACAAAUUUAAAUUUGAUGUGUAAUUUCUAUUUUUUUUUUUUUUUUUUUUUACUUUUCUUGUUGCUUAUAGUCCAAAAAGUUAUGAGUGUCCAUUUGAAUACCAAAUAUGCAGAAUUUAUGACACAGAUUGAAGACUACCAACCAUUAAACCAAGAUAACUACUUGU